GGCCACGAACGAUCCCCACAGCUGCAGAUCAAUCCAGGCUUCUGAUGCUGGAGGGGCCGUCGCCCCUGCACAACCCGAUGGCUCCUCUCCCUCACCUGCCUCCCGCCGGGGCCCGGGGCGGGGCUUCCCGCGUCCCCUUUAAGAGGCCGCAUCACCCGCCCUGACGUCAGGGUGUCUCUCCGCACCAGCCCGCGUCCCGCGCCGCGCCCCCGCGCCAGCAGCUCCCGCGGCCGCACGACCAGCGGCGGCCCGGCGACCCCUGCCGCCUCUCCGCAUCAGCAGGUGCCCGGCGCGCCGCCUCCCGCCUCCCAUCAUGUCGGUGGCAGGGCUGAAGAAGCAGUUCCACAAAGCCACUCAGAAAGUGAGUGAGAAGGUUGGAGGAGCUGAAGGCACCAAGCUGGAUGAUGACUUCAAAGAGAUGGAAAGGAAAGUGGAUGUCACCAGCAGGGCUGUGAUAGAAAUAAUGACUAAGACAAUUGAAUACCUUCAGCCCAAUCCAGCUUCCAGGGCUAAGCUCAGCAUGAUCAACACCAUGUCGAAAAUCCGAGGCCAAGAGAAGGGGCCAGGCUACCCCCAGGCGGAAGCACUGUUGGCAGAGGCCAUGCUCAAGUUUGGCAGGGAGCUGGGUGAUGAUUGCAACUUUGGUCCUGCUCUCGGUGAGGUGGGAGAAGCCAUGAGGGAGCUCUCGGAGGUGAAGGACUCUUUGGACAUGGAAGUGAAGCAGAACUUCAUCGACCCCCUUCAGAAUCUCCACGACAAAGACCUGAGGGAGAUUCAGCAUCACCUGAAAAAGUUGGAAGGCCGACGCCUAGACUUUGAUUAUAAGAAGAAACGACAAGGCAAGAUUCCAGAUGAAGAGCUUCGUCAAGCUCUGGAGAAAUUUGAUGAAUCUAAAGAAAUCGCUGAGUCGAGCAUGUUCAAUCUCUUGGAGAUGGAUAUCGAGCAGGUGAGCCAGCUCUCUGCGCUUGUGCAAGCCCAGCUGGAGUACCACAAGCAGGCAGUGCAGAUCCUGCAGCAAGUCACUGUCAGGCUGGAGGAGAGAAUAAGACAAGCUUCAUCUCAGCCAAGAAGGGAGUAUCAGCCCAAACCACGAAUGAGCCUAGAGUUUGCCACUGGAGACAGUACUCAGCCCAAUGGUGGUCUCUCCCACACAGGCACACCCAAACCUCCAGGUGUGCAAAUGGAUCAGCCCUGCUGCCGAGCCCUGUAUGACUUUGAACCUGAAAAUGAAGGGGAACUGGGUUUUAAAGAGGGAGAUAUCAUCACACUCACUAAUCAGAUUGAUGAGAACUGGUAUGAGGGGAUGCUUCAUGGCCAGUCCGGCUUCUUCCCCAUCAACUAUGUAGAAAUUCUGGUUGCUCUGCCCCAUUAAGAUCUUAUGCUGGCUGGCUCACCUCCUUCUGACCCGGAUAGUUACGUUUAACCACUGCUUUGGUAAUGCUGCUUCCUACACAUCAUGAAUGCAGGCCGCAGUGGAUCAGUCAUCAAGCCCACACCUGCCCUGGGUUGACCUGUGUGCUCCUACCGGAGGCACGGUGAUAGAUGGUAUCUUCCAAGGCCCGUGGGCCUGGCACAUGCUUUAAACACCAUCUGAGACUAGCCAGUGGUCGCAGAACUGCUCUUUACACCGUUCUCAGGAGGCUGUGGUUCCUGGUAAUCUAUCUGUGAGCCACAUCACAGAAAACCUCUCCUCACUGAAGAUAUUGUCUCUCACCCAGGGGCAUCUCAAGCCCUCCAGUUCUCCAUUCACAGAGGAGAAAGUCCUUUCUGUUGCACUUUCCCUUCCUAAAUCUGCGAGUCCCAGGACUGUUGGUGAGAGCACCCCCCACCAGCAAAGUGUCUGCUGGUCUAAGCAACUUAGUCUCUUGAUGCCAUGAGCAGAAGUAUUACUUGCCCAAAGCACCUUUGUUCUCCUACUUCUAUCUGUCUAUCUCCUACUUCUGAGACACGGCCGGUUUUCUUCCCUCCCUGUUGUUAAAGCACGGGGGUGGGGGAGUCAACAUUUAUUUCUAAGUGAGAUGGUGAGCAAUCCGUAUGUUGCCUGAAGAGAGAAAAUUCCCCAAGAUGAGUUGGGAAGAAAUCUGGUCUCCAGGCUCAGAUUCCUCGCUGUACAGAAGCUGUGUAUAUACGUAGCCCAUUUCUGAAGGGUACAGGAAGUGGAGACAGCUGUCUUCCCUUCUCUGUUUAUUUACCCAGGAAUCUGAUUCCCUUUCCUGAUUCCCUUUGCCACAAGCACAUAGGAGAGAAACACUAGUACGCACUCCCACUUCUUCAUAGAACAGGACAUAGUGACAUCACUCCUUCCCACUUUUACCUUGUUUGUGUUCCUUGAACAUCAUUUGUGCAUAUUCUGCCCUCAAUGAGGACCAAAUAAAGAUGAUUUUUGUGCUUAGUGGUUUAAGGUAUGUGGCUGCGUAUGCAAAACCCUUUCCCACUCCAGCCCUUACUUUCACACCUCUCCCUUCCAUCCCAUCUUCAUUUCCUGUGCACAGUGCUGUGUGAGCUGAUCAGUGUCGGGGCUUUUGUUUUGUUUUGUUCUCCUUCAGUCACGGAAGGCCCGGUAGGCCCCCAGAGUUCUAUUUAUCUAGCUGUACAGACUUCUCCAGAGGUUUAACGCGCUGCUUCCGGUGUGCCACUGUCGUAGUGGAUCACGUGGGGUGAAAGGCAACUCUUCCUGCUUCGUGUACAGACUCACCAUGGGAAGCUUUGCUGUUUCCAAUAAAUAUUGCUGAAGAUGAAA